AUGGAGGACAGAAUACAGUUCGACAUCAACGAGUCGCUUAAGUAUUACUUGAGUGACCCAACCUCCAUUCCGACCCCCGAUGCAGACCCAGAACUGCUCGAUUGUGAAUCCGACCCGAACCAGCUCUCGACUGUGCUGAUUGACAAUGUUUUGAAUCCCAUUGUGGAUGCAGUGGCGGAGAACCCAGAGGGACUAACAAGAGCAUCGUCCUUUGAAUCACUACAAUUUCUAUUAAAGUGCGCCCCGGUCCCUUCCCAAAUCCCCCAUGGAGGCUUUUUUCCACCUGGAAUCGACUCUGAACGUUUAAACCCUGGCAGAUACCCGAGUUUCCUCCCCACCAAAUCCCUCAGCAAGGUCCUGGACCUGAUUGUUUCUGGUCUAUCCGUGGAAGCAGAUAUCAUUCAUGGUGAUCUGGAAUCUGACGAACAAGAUGCGAUCCAACAACAUAAGCAACUUCUGGAGAUGUAUGGCUUUCUUCUGCAGUGGGCGCUGUCUGCCGUCGAGGUAAAGGCCGCCGAAAAACCUGCCGAAUCUGCGCCUGCGCGACGAGGAGGCCCCAAAUCGAAGUCGAAGUCUGCCAAAGAUGGAAACUGGGAUUGGACUCCUCAGAUCCAGAUCUGCAUGGAGACUAUGUGCAAGGUGAUGAAACUCAAGCUGGGCCGGAUCUUUUUGACUACUUCCGACCGCGACACAUUCAUCAAUCUGUUCACUCGCACAAUAUAUCUUAUCCUAGAAAGUGAACAGAGAGUGAAGAGCAUGACCAUCCGCAUGCACGCCUUCAAGGUCCUAUGUAUUGCGGUGAAACACCAUGGUCAUGCAUUUGGUGCACAAACUUCGAUUGUGCAGAGCUUGACUUAUUUCGAGCAUCUGUCGGAGCCAAUGGCCGAAUUCCUCCAUAUUCUUUCGGAGCAAUAUGAUUACCCUCAACUUUCAGAUGAGAUCUUGAAGGAACUUGGAAACAAAGAGUUUAACUCCAACGAUACACGUGGACCAAAAUCUGUGUCAGCAUUUAUUAUCAAGUUGUCUGAGCUUGCUCCGAGGCUGAUCAUCAAGCAAAUGACUCUUCUGGCUAAGCAACUUGAUAGCGAGGCCUACACUCUACGAUGCGCAGUCAUUGAAGUCUGUGGAAAUCUAAUCUCUGAUCUCAGCCGACAAGAAGAACCCAGCGAAAACUACAAGACACAAAUAAACGCGUUUUUCGAUGUUCUUGAGGAGCGUUUCCUCGACAUCAACCCAUACUGCCGUUGCCGAGCAAUUCAAGUUCUGAUGCGAAUCUGUGACUUGGAGCAGAAAUUCCCCAAGAGACGGCAGCGUGCUGCUGAACUUGCAGCGCGGAGCCUGGAGGACAAGAGCAGCAAUGUCCGGCGAAACGCGAUCAAGUUGUUGUCCAAACUCGUUGCUACUCAUCCAUUUAGCGUCAUGCAUGGUGGUCAACUCUCUUUCAAAGAAUGGUCGGAGAGACUGGAUGGAGUGGAUAGCGAAUUGAAUGCACUUCGGCCUCCUGAGACCCCUGGGUUUGAUGGAGACGUUACCACAGUGGACCCUGAGCUGUUGGACGAGGCAACUCAAAUGCCCGAUGACUCUCCCUCCAAAGCUCCACGGAUGACCGAGGAAGAGAAGGCCGUUGCUAUGCAGAAGGCGGCUGAGCAAGCUGCCACUUCUGAGCUAUUGACACGACUGCAGUUGACCAGAAAGUACUACAACGAAGCCCUUCGCUUCAUUGAAGUUCUUCACUCGGGAUCUACAAUUGUCUCACAAUUACUCUCGUCUCGAAACAAGAGUGAGGUUAUUGAAGCUAUGGACUUUUUCGUUGUCCUCGACGCCUACAAGGUUGAGACGGCUCGUAGUGGCAUCCGCCGCAUGCUUCGUCUUAUCUGGACAAAGGGCAACAGUGACGAAGGCAAGGGCGUCCAGACUCAUCUGAUCGACUGCUACAAAGGGCUCUUCUUCGAUGCUCCCGAUUCCUUCAGCCCCAAUGACGCGGCAAACUAUAUCGCACGGAAUAUGAUUAGUUUGACUUUCGGAUCAACCCCUGCGGAGCUUACAUGUCUUGAGCAAUUGCUGAGCACCAUGAUGAAGGCCGGCCACAUCUCCGAGGCAGUGAUUGCGAAGCUGUGGCAGGUCUAUAGUAUUCAAAAGAAAGAGAUUUCGAAGACCCAACGCCGGGGCUCCAUCAUUGUCCUCGGUAUGCUGGCACUGGCAGAUCCUGAAGUUGUUGUGAAGGAGAUCGAAGCCAUGUUACGCAUUGGUCUUGGAGGUUAUGGCAGAUCGGAUCUUGUUCUGGCCAAGUACACAUGCAUUGCUCUGCGACGCAUGGUUCCUGGUCGUCAAGCCAAGUCUAAAGAAAUCGGCAUUCCAAAACUCGCCAACGACCAUUCGGUGCUGACCAAGCUUUCGGCUAUGCUUGAGAUUGUCUCUGAGAGUAAGGAGUGGUACGGAGUAGCUGAACAAGCAAUCAGUGCGAUUUAUGCUCUGUCAAAGCAUCCUGACGUGCUCUGCUCUGAUAUCCUUCGUCGAAAGACACGCUUCGUCUUCCAACCCCACUUGCAGCGUCCGUCUUCUUCUUAUACUACUUCUGGCGCCGAGGAUCAACGACCUGGAACUGCCUCGACCGACGAUCAGAGCUCAAAAGAUGAUCUGGGUACAAAACCUAAGCCUUCUUCGGCUGCCCUUUCACAGCUUUUGUAUGUUGUUGGGCAUAUCGCGAUCAAGCAGAUUGUGCAUCUUGAAUUGUGUGAGUUAGACUUCAAGCGCCGCAAGGCUGAACAAGAGAAAAACAAGACCGCGGGGGCGACUGCUCAAAAAGAUGCUGAAAAUGCUGAGGACGACGAGCUUGAUCUCAUUGGGGGAACGACGGAGGAUGAUUUCACCGAUGCUAUGGCCCAUAUUCGAGAACGAGAACUGCUCUACGGCGAGAACUCCCUCCUUGCCAGAUUUGGUCCGCUGGUGGCCGAGAUAUGUGCCAACAAUAACACCUACCCAGACCGCGACUUACAAGCUGCCGCGACUCUGUGCCUGGCUAAGCUCAUGUGUGUGUCGGCCGAAUAUUGCGAGAAGAAUCUUCCACUUCUGAUCACAAUCAUGGAGCGAUCCGAGGAUCCGAUUGUGCGCAGCAAUGCCGUCAUCGCCCUGGGCGACAUGGCAGUUUGUUUUAACCACCUUAUCGAUGAGAAUACAGACUUUCUAUACCGUCGUCUCAAUGACGACGAUGCUUCCGUAAAGCGCACCUGUCUCAUGACCCUGACCUUCCUUAUUCUUGCCGGUCAAGUCAAGGUCAAAGGCCAACUGGGUGAGAUGGCGAAGUGCCUUGAGGAUGAUGACAAAAAGAUCGCCGAUCUGGCCCGCAUGUUCUUCACCGAACUAGCAACCAAGGACAAUGCUGUUUACAACCACUUUGUUGAUAUGUUUAGUCUGCUGAGUGCGGAGCGAAACUUGGAGGAGACGUCUCUGCGACGCAUCGUCAAAUUCCUCAUCGGAUUUGUCGAGAAGGAGAAACAUGCCCGCCAACUUGCAGACAAAUUGGCAGCUAGACUUCCCCGGUGCGAGACAGAACGUCAAUGGAACGAUGUUGCCUAUGCACUGUCUUUGCUCCCACAUAAGAAUGAGGAAAUUGCCAAGACCGUUACUGCCGGCUUUACCAAGGUGGUUAGUGCGUCAGCUUAG